UAGAGAAGACUUCUAUUGACUAGGAAAUCCGAAAUCUAUUGCAAACUCCAGCAGAGUAUCUGAAUGACUGAAUCUCUACCUCUUCACAGAUAACCCUCCAUCUUCUAACUCAAACAUUUCAUCAAACAUCUCUCCGGCAUCAUGGACAUCACGCCGAUUCUCUCCAACAGAAUGCAGAAAAUCUGGAACGCGGUGGAGCUCCGCCUGCUUGUCCUCCUCAGCCUCUUCUUCCAAUUCGUCCUCAUCUUCACCGGAAACAGAAGAAAAUACACCCGAAACAAGUGGGUCGCCCCGAUCCUCUGGUUCUGCUACCUCGCCGCCGACUCCGUCGCCACCCUCGCCCUCGGCGUCCUCUCCCAAGCCGAAGGCGAUUCCGAUAAGAAUUCCGUCGAGGCAAAGCACACCAUCACCGUAUUCUGGGCGCCUUUCCUCCUGAUGCACCUCGGCGGGCCCGACACCAUCACCGCCUACGCCCUGGCCGACAACGAGCUCUGGUCCCGCCACCUCCUCAGCCUCAUCAGCCAAGUCGUCGUCUCCAUCUACGUCUACGUCCGCUCUUUCACGCGCGUGCCUCUGAAUUUCCUAUGGCUCGCGAUCUUCGCCGCCGGAGUUGUCAAGUACGGGGAGAGGAGUCUGGUUCUCUACAACGCGAGUAAGAACCGGUACCGUGACUCGCUGAUUUCUCGGCCGGAUCCGGGGCCAAACUACGCCAAAUUCGUGGACGAGGCGACUUCUAGAGAGGAAGAGGGAUACAGAGUCGAACUUGGGAAUUUAGUCCCCGGCGUCCCAUCAUCGACUCACGAGGCUCGCGAAGACGUCGAUUGCGACGUCUUGGCGAUGGCCAAUGAAUUUUUCGGAACAUUCAAGAAGCUUUUCGCGGACUUGAUUCUGAGCUUCCAAGACCGCGAAGAGAGCGUUUCGUACUUCACGAAUUUGAGUAGUAAACAAGCCUUCGACAUAGUUGAGAUUGAACUGGGGUUGGUAUACGACUUGUUCUACACUAAGUCGUUUAUGCUCUUCUCUAAGAAAGGAUUCUUAUGCCGUGUCGUCAGCUGCUCAGCCACCGUUGUUACAUUCGUGCUCUUCCUCUUCCUCAAAAACAAUUACCCAGAAACGGAGGUGAUCAUCACUUUUGUCCUGCUGGUGGGUGCUAUUUUUCUGGAGAUGUAUGCAAUUCUGGUGCUUUUUUUGUCAGACAAAAUGAUGAUCUGGUCGGGAUCAGACUUGACAACAAGGCCUAAAGAAAAAUUACCCAGAUUCAUAUCACUACUCUACCGCUUUCGUUUGGUUCCGGCAAGACACAGAUGGUCGAAUUUGGUGGGACAAUACAACAUUAUUGACCAUUGCAUCAGAUAUACGCCAAAGCGCGCGACUAAAGUCAACCGGUAUCCUGAGAAGAUCGACCGUUGUAUUGCUUACAUCAAGUACCAGAAUUUGUACAUCCGUCAAUCUCUGGAUGUGAUCUUUCGUUUUGAGAGCAAGUCCGUCGAACCGGGCUUAAAAGAACAGAUCUUUAAAACGAUCAAAGAAAGAGCUGUGAGAGGUGGACGCAUAAAGGUGGACAGUUUUUGGUCCAACGAUACUUUGAAAGCUGCGAAAUGUUUCGACCUGAACGAUGAGAUAGAGUUUGAUCAACGUAUUCUCAUAUGGCACAUGGCUACAGAUAUCUGUAGUCAAACUGCAGAAGGAGUCAGUAAAGACUGCAUCUUGUUAUCUAAUUACAUGCUGCAUUUGCUGAUCGCCUUCCCUUUCAUGCUCCCCAGUGGGAUAGGACAGAUCCGUUUCCAAGACACGUGUGCUGAAACCAUUGAAUUCUUCGAUAAUCAGAGGAGAUUAAGGGAGGUUGCUUGUAAGAUGUUAUCUGCAAAGAAGGUUAAGUUCAGACCGUCUGAUGUGAAAGGAGACAGAAGCAAAUCUCUCCUUUUCGAUGCUUGUCGACUUGCUGACUAUCUGAAAAGGCAAAACACAUGGGAAAUAGUAACUCAAGCUUGGCUUGAUAUGUUACUGUUUGCAGCGGCGCAAUGUAGUUGGAGUGAUCAUGCUGAUAAGUUGAGUCAAGGAGGAGAGCUCCUCACUCAUGUAUGGCUUUUGAUGGCACAUUUUGGAAUGACAGAUCAUUUCCAGAUUUCAAAGGGCUACAUCAGAGCCAAACUAGAGUUGAAGUAGAUGGAUCAACGUGAUGUCUCAGUUGUUCAAUUUGUCUUGUUUGAAUGUUAUAGUUGAUUGCAAAUAAAUGGUGGUGUUGUAUCUUCAAAGCAUAAGGUUUUAUUGUACUUCCUAGACGAGGUAGGUGACAAUUUUGAAUUUUCUAUAUUGUUUAUGUAGGGAUCAGACAAGUCCAGAUUCACUAUUUACCGA